AUGAGCAUCAAACAAGACGACACUCAUUUGCCAUUAUACUCGCCAAAGAAUCCGGAUCCGACGCGCCCAACCACAACUGCUACAUUAGAACCCGACCUUAAACCCCGCAAAACCAUGCGAAUCGUCGAUCUGACGGUUCAUAUACCCACUGGCAAGAAACCGCUUACUUCGACAUCGAACAAGGAUGCUUUACCCCGUCCAAGAUGGAAAACACUAGAAUUCAAGAUUUACUACUUAAUUGCGGUCAUCGUAAUACCCAUCAUGGUCUGGAUACCCAUUGCUGCAAGUUCACGUGAACUGCCUAACUAUCGACAUUACGAACACCGGUUGACGCGAGGAUGGCUGUUUGGGAGGGAAUUUGACAACAGCGACCAUCAAUAUCGGUCUUUCCGAGGCAAUCUACUCUAUCUGGUUCUGGCUUCCGUUGGUUAUCUCUUCGCCAAGUUCAUUCGGUCCAUAUUCCAGAGGGACAAAACUCAGGGCUACCUUCCAGCCAUCCCCUUCAAUGUGGUGUUCUCCUUGCUGAUGAUCGUUGCGUUGCAUGGAGUCAACUCUCUCAAAAUCCUCACCAUACUCACCGCGAAUUAUUUCAUCGCGAAGAAGUGCAAAGGCUCGAAACUGGGACCUUUGCUCACUUGGGUUUUCAAUGGAGCUGUCCUCUUCGCUAAUGAGCUGAGCCAUGGAUAUCGCUUUGGCGCUGUCUCAGCUUCCCUUGCACAUUUGGAUCACGCUUUCCAAGGAAUCUACCCUCGGUGGUAUAUCAUCUUCAACAUUACCAUGUUGCGGUUAAUCUCUUUCAAUAUGGAUUUCUAUUGGGCUUCCAAUCAGAUAGAGCGUGUACCGGGAGCUGAUGUCGCCACCAUGAACGACAAACAACGAACAGACCUCCCGCAUCCUCAAAUAACCUACUCGUACAUGAACUAUCUUGCAUACGUUCUCUAUCCCCCGCUCUAUAUUGCCGGGCCUAUAAUGACUUUUAAUGACUUCAUGUGGCAGCACCGUCGACCCAUUGUCGUCGAGUUACAAUCCACAUUGAGAUAUCUCAUACGCUUCCUGAUCUCGUUCCUCACUAUGGAGUUCAUUCUCCACUUCAUGUAUGUUGUGGCUAUCAAGGAUGAAAACGCCUGGCAAGGCUUUACUCCAGGGCAAAUCAGCUUGAUUGGUUUCUGGAACCUGAUCAUUGUCUGGCUCAAGCUCCUCAUCCCAUGGCGUUUCUUCCGUUUAUGGGCCAUGAUGGACGGAAUCCUCGCUCCUGAAAACAUGGUUCGUUGUAUGGCCAACAACUACUCCACGAUGGGAUUCUGGAGAAGUUGGCAUCGCAGUUACAAUCUCUGGAUUAUUCGCUACAUCUACAUCCCUCUCGGUGGUUCCAAAAACGUGAUCCUGAACACCCUUCUUGUUUUCUCGUUCGUUGCCUUGUGGCACGACUUGACAUUCCGACUACUGGCCUGGGGCUGGCUCAUCAGCUUGUUCAUUAUCCCUGAACUCCUGGCGACAUACCUUUUGCCCAAGUCGAAGUUUGGCAUACAACCGUGGUAUCGCCAUGUCUGCGCUAUUGGAGGAGUCCUCAAUAUCCUGAUGAUGAUGGCGGCCAACUUGAUCGGCUUCGUGAUUGGGACCAAUGGAAUCAAGUUCUUCGUGUCGCAGCUCUUUGGAACAUUCGAAGGUCUUCGGUUCCUUGUCUUUGCCUGUGCAAUCCUGUUUGUUGGAGUACAACUCAUGUUCGAAUAUCGCGAGGAAGAGAUGCGAAAUGGGAUUUAUAGGAGAUGCUGA